ACACACUGUAAACUCAUUACUCUCAGAUUUCAGUCCUCUCGUCUCUUACGAGCUAAAACUUACAAAACACUUUGACAAUUGUUGAAAAGUUUUGUAUGUUAAGAUUCUUUUGCAAAAAACUAUAAAAAUUAUCUGGGAGAAAAUAUAGAGUAUUCUAUUUAAAAAAAAGGACCCGGAUACGGGUCUCAUGAUUGUAAACGUAGUGUCUAGAACGGUUCCGGAAAUCAUCCUUCAAGAGGACUUUUUUCUCACGCAAUGACGUCCAACAAUAAAAAGUGUUCAGACUCAAAACUCGAAUGAGUCUGGUGGUCUUUUUCUAUUUAAAGCCAAGCGCUGAGGUAUCACCGAUUAGUCUUCACAGAUAGAUUCCGCGAAACAAAGAUCAGUUUUGAUACCCAUUUUUGUGAAAUCGCUGUGUGCAAAAAAAUGACUGCGAUUAUGCAGCCUACUUUGAAAGCGGGAGGACAAUCAUGGAAUACUACCCUGGUUCUUUCGCUGUGUGUUGCUGGGAUGUUCUUGGCACUUUUCGUCAAAAGAGCCAAAUUUUUGUACUCGUUGAGGAAGGUUCCUUCGCCCUUCGCAUUACCCGUCAUCGGAAAUGCUUUGCAACUAAAUUGUGACUUGGAAGUAUUUUUCAAAAAAUUGGUGCAAUGGAGUUGUGAAUUCGGCGACCUUUUCAUCAUUUGGGUUGGGAUGAGGCCAUUCCUCUGGAUUUAUAGAGUGGAACAAGUUCAACCUCUGCUGAGCAGUAGCAUUCAUAUAGACAAAAGUCCAGAAUACGAAUUUGUAAGACCCUGGCUCGGAACAGGACUACUCACGAGUAACGGUGUCAAGUGGCAUGCUAGAAGAAAAUUGCUAUCGCCAACAUUUCACAACGAGCUUUUGAAAGAGUACCUUAAAGUGGCAAUCAAAGAAGUUAACGUUCUGACCUAUUGCUUACAAGAUGAAGUUGGAAAAGCUGCUUUUGACAUCGUCCCUUACACAAAACGGGCAGCCCUCGAUGUUAUUUGCAAUACUGCUAUGGGAUAUCCAAUCAAUGCACAAACGAAUCGAAAAAAUGAAUACGUCUUGGCUGUUGAAAGAUUGCAGACACUUAUGCAGAUGAGGUUCACAAACAUUUGGAUAAAAUUGGACCCCAUUUUUAACAUGACUUCUUGGGGAAAGGAACAGGCUCGCUUGAUCAACAUAAUUCACAGUUUUGUAGACAAGGUGAUUUUCGAAAGGAAAAUUGAAUGGUCCUUAAAAGUCGACGGAAAUUUCAACGAAAAACCUAGAAGAACUCAAGCUUUGUUGGACUUGUUAUUGGACAUGAAUCAUAAUGGAGCAAAAUUAUCAGACGAAGAUUUGCGUGAAGAAGUUAAUACUUUUAUGUUUGCUGGGCACGAUACAAUAGCCACUAGUGUUUCCUGGCUUCUUUAUGCUUUGGGAAGAAAGCCUGAAUAUCAGAAAUUAAUUAUUGAAGAAUACGAAAACGUAGUUGGCUCCGCAGAACUUACAAUCGACUUGCUUUCAAAACUAGUCUGGUUAGAUGUCUGCCUGAAGGAAAGUUGGAGGCUUUAUCCAGUUGCUCCUUUAAUAGCACGGCAAAUUAACAGUCCUUUCAAAUUAUCUGAACAGGUUAUUCCGGCAGGUACAACAGUUUUAGUACAUUCGUAUUUGCUUCAUCGCGAUCCACGAUAUUUUCCUCAACCGGAGGUCUACAUGCCGGAACGCUUCCUGCCUGACAAGCCAAAACCACCCCCAUUCACAUACAUUCCUUUCAGUGCAGGAUCAAGAAAUUGCAUUGGAUGGAAAUUUGCGCAAAUGGAAGUCAAAGUCACAAUGCUGGCAAUUCUCAGAGCCUACGAAAUUCAAUCAAUACAAACGGAGGAUCAACUCAGGUUCAUAUCAAAUCUUGUUCUUGAUAACGCUGGUGGAAUUCCGAUCAGAAUUAAACCACGAAAAGCUUGCUAAAAAAAAUCUGCAAACGACUGGCAUGCUGAUGCUGAUAAAAAUCUAUUCGAGUCAAUUUGUUAUUAUAUACGAGUAAAGAAGUAUUUAACUCUUAAGAAAUAAUUCUAUUUGAAAGAAAAAAAAAACUAAAACUUCAGGGAGUCCAAAUUGGAAUUCCUUCCCAGAUUCUAUAUUAGGGUGUCUAGUGAUCAGGCAAUUUGAAAUUCUCAGUUUUUUCCCGAUCGAAUUUUUUCCCCGACCAAUUUAAAGAUUUCUUUUUAUAUGGUGCAGCUUUUUAAAAUUUCUAUUAAAUUAGACUUUAUUGAAAUAAUUAAAAUAAUUAAAUAAAAUAAUAGUUAAUAAUGAUUAAUAAUAAUUAAUAAUAAGUAAAUAAUUUUAAAAAUGCCUUCGAAUCAUUUGAAGCAAAUGCCUUAAAACCUUCAGAUUUUCCUAUCCCUAAUUCUCGAUUAAAUAACAAUAAGAAAAUAAAAUAGAACAAGAUUCUAAAAAAAAUUCUGGGGUUUUUUUCAAUUUUCGGAUCUACUAGACAUCCUGCAAUCUUUCAAACUGAAAAGGCUAAAUUAAGUUUUCAAAAUUUAUUACAUGCUUCCUUAAUUUUAACAUAUUUUUAUCUUAUUGGAAAGCAAUGGUACUGUAUCAAACCAAAUACUGAUUAAGCAUUAUUUAAGACUGGGGAAAAUCGGAUUGUAGAUUAAAAAAGAAAAUCUCAACCUAGCGGCCUAUUCGGAUAGAAUAUUUAAAAAAGACUGUUAAUUCAUUUAUGGUUACUUGAAAAAAGUGCUGUUUAUGUACCAAGUACAUUAUCGGUCGAUCGGCUUUGAUUGCAAAACCUUAUCGGCGCCAGAGCUGAGCAGAAAGUGUCGAUAAUUCAAUUCAAAAAAAUAUUUUUAAUCAGUCGAUAAUUAAUUAUCUUUAAUUUAUAAUUUUGUUUACAAAUAAUUUUUUUUCUGGCCUAAAUCUUUAUUAAUUCAAUUACUUACUAUAAAGCACUUUCUGCAUAGCUCUGACAUUUUAAAUAAAAUAAGGCUGCAGCAAUAUUAAAAUUAAAAUGUAAAUACCCAGCAAAGGUAAUUUUAAUAUUGCAUUAUUAAGCAUUAUUUAGCUAAGUGAAAUAAGUUUAGUAAGUAGGUUCAGUCUUUCAUCAACCAUAAUCUAAGAGUUACCUAACUAAACGAUAACUCUACUGAUACAAAUGUUUUCUCUUUUUUUAUAUCAAAAAUUUGUAUUUCUAAGACAUUUGGUAUGUAAAACUAUGUUAUUUAGAGUUGCUGGACUGCAUAUCUAAACUCAAAAUCUAAACGCCUUAUUUUACUAAAUAAAUACUACAAUGAAAUAAUUUUUAAAUACCAAACAGUACAACUUUCUUAAAUAGAAAUGAGCAUAUACUAGAGAAGUCAAAAUGUAUAGCUGUAAAAAAUAGGAAAAGGUUUUCGAAAUAAUGGAAAAAAGAAGUACUUGUUAUUAACUUUUUUUAAAUUAAAGUCUAGUCACCUCUGAACAAUUAUUAUUCGUUAAAGCAAUUUUGUUUCCCAUGCAAAUCGUGAAAAUUUAUUAUUUUUGUGAUAAAUGAUUCACUUGAUGAAUGUCAAGAUUAAUGUUUCUCUUUUAACUUGUUUUUUAAUUAUUCAGACAAUUGUUGUCUCUAUAAUUCAUGAAAAUUUAUUAUCUUUUGAAUUAAUGACACAAUUAACGAAUCUUGAGAGUAAUAUAUUUUGUGAAUAACACUUGGGAUUUUUAAAAUUUGUUCCUCUAUAUAUUUUAACGAUGUACUACUUUCUGGAAUUAUUAUUAUUAUAGAAUCAGAAUUUUUUGAAUAAGUUUCAAAUAUUAAAAAAAAAUAUUACUCUUAACAUUCGUUAAUUGUGGCA